AUUAUAUCAACAAUUAAUACAUCACCUAAAAACAAGGCUACAGGUCUUUUAGGUAUUUCUAAUGAAAUUUUAAAACAUCUACUUUCAAUAGCGAUCUCAUAUCUUAUAGUAUUAGGAAUUGGUAUAGCUGAAAAUGUUUCUGAUAAUAGAAGUUCUACUUCUAUUUUAGCUAGAGUUACAGCUUUUUGUAG